AUGUGGAAAGAGUUGAAGAAAAACCAGCUAGUCAAGUACGGCGCUGUGACCACAGUGACAACCAUCAGCUAUGUUUUACUGCGAAAGUGGAUCGCCGGUGGGAUAUGCCGCAGCCGUGCGAAACUACAUGGAAGGACUGUGGUGAUCACUGGUGCCAACACUGGCAUCGGCAAGGAGACGGCCUGGGAUAUGGCCAUGAGAGGAGCUCGGGUGAUCAUGGCUUGCCGAGACCUCACCAGGGGAGAAGCAGCUGCAGCAGAGAUCCGCAGUUCCACAGGAAAUACUAACGUGGUGGUGCAACAACUAGACCUGGCCUCCCUCGGUUCAGUACGUCAGUUUGCUCGGGAAUUCAUUGCCACAGAGACCCGUCUGGACAUACUUAUCAACAACGCAGGUAUAAUGCUGUGUCCCAAAAGCCUCACAGUGGAAGGUUUUGAGAGUCAAUUUGCCGUCAAUCACCUAGGUCACUUCCUAUUGACCAAUCUGCUCCUGGACAUGCUGAAAGCCUCCACCCCCAGCCGCGUCAUCAAUGUGUCUAGCAUCGCUCAUCAAGGAGGGAAAAUCCACUUUGAAGACCUUAAUUUUGAUAAGAAGGGGUACAACUCAGUAAUCGCCUAUAAGCAGAGUAAACUGGCCAACCUCCUCUUCUCUAGGGAGCUGGCACGAAGGACCAAAGGUACUGGAGUGACGUCGUAUUCCCUGCACCCCGGGGUUAUCCGGACAGAGCUGUGGCGCCACUCGCAGACAAAGUACCCCACGUUGAGUACCAUGCUGUCAGCCCCCGCCUGGCUCCUGAUGAAGACCCCCAGGGAGGGUGCCCAGACCACCAUCUACUGCGCCGUCAAUGAGGGGCUGGAGGAGAAGAGUGGCUGCUACUUCAGUGACUGUCAGGUAAAGGAGCCAGCUCCUGAGGGGAGAGAUGAUCUUGCAGCACUGAGACUAUGGGGUGUUAGCGCCGGGCUUGUUGGACUCAUUAAAAACAACUGA